GAUAAAACUUUUUUUUCAAGAAAGAAGGACGGAGUGGAUACCAUGUUUAUAACAUAUUUAGCGGUGAUCUAUAGUUGUUUUGGUUCUGUUUAUUUAGAUUAUAUAUAUUACAAGAAUUUAGAUCGUAGAUGUUUGCCGUAUUAUGACUGUCCUCCUGGUCAUGAAAUUCUGCCAUGUUCGGAGAACUUUCAAAAGGAUAUAUGUCAUAAAUGCAAUAAAGGAUAUAAGCAGCCUGAUCUCAUUUCCUCUUCCGGGUGGAUAAAUGAAACUAAAUGUUUUAAACCUAUCUCUCAUUGUUUAGCUCACGAUAUAACAUAUAGCCGAAAUAAAUAUCAGAAUGCUUUCUGUGACAGUGUGAGUGGAUGUAAAUGCAACACCUAUUCAUGUUUCUAUGGUGACCCAUGUCUCUGUGUAACAAAACCUAAUUGUGGAAUAGGUAAAACUUUGACAGAUUCGGGAGAUUGUGUUCCUUGUCCUGUGAACACCUAUAAACAUGACACUGGUUGUGGCCCUUGUCGGAGGAUCAACCAAAGAACCGCUGUAGUAAUUCACAGUACACAGCAACCUCUAUACUCAGAAAGAUCAACCCUUGUGUUUGCAUCAAUCUCCCCACAAUAUUUACAGGAAAGUAAAAACAAAGACGAACCUAUUCUAAUACCUGUCAUAGUAGUACUAUGUGUUAUAUUUGUGUUCCUCUUGGUUGCCAUAUCUGUGUAUUGUAUAAGGAACCCUGGGUUCGUUUUAGCUGGAAUUUGCUGGAGUCAUGAUUAUAUUGAACAACAGAAUAGACAGGAUAUGAACAACACUCAGACAGCCGUACUUAUAAGAAGUCCAACUGACGAUGAUAGUGUAACAGUUAAUAUGCACACAGCUCUACCAAAAGAUAAAAACACAAUAUCAUAUCCUAAUCUACAGGCUAUGAAUGGAGACACACAAAAUGCAGCUCUCACUGACGCAGGUUCAACUGAAUCGGGAUUUCAUGAAGAAUGUGAUGAAAAUAUGUCAAGCAGUGAACCAUCGAUAAACGAAAUGAAUUAUAAAUAUGAAAGCUGUCAGAACAAAUGUGAUAGUUUGAACAUAGGCCAACAUGACAAUGAUGACUGCUCAUACAAAACAAAGAAAGAGCAGCCGAUCCAAGACUUUUCGACGGGAAAUCAUUUUAAGGAUUAUUUUGGUUUUUCAUCCUCCCUAAGUCCGGUUGUAAAGGAAACCGAACCUUAUAUUGGUAGUUCAUUUUCUAAAACCAAGAAGAGUUCUGCUCUUACUAUUCCAGAUAAGACUGAGUCAUAUCCACUGGCAUCUGGGGAGUAUAUCCCAAUGAAUAAAUCUGAUUCAACAUUAAAAAUUAACACAAGAACAAAAUAUCGAGUCCAGGGAAAUUAUUACGCUUUAGACAGUAGCAAUACAAGUAAUGACAGCAUUGUGAGCGAUUUAGAGUAUUUUAAUCAUGAAAUUAGAGGAACUUAUAACAGUUGCAAAAGCUAUGGUGGAAAAUCAGAGACAAAACCGAAACUUAGUGGCCCAAAUAGUUUAGACAGUGGUGUGUUUGGAUCAGAGAAAAACGAAUGUCAAUAGUUCAAAGUGUUCAUAUUUGUCAGGAAUCCGAUUCGAUGUAUAUUAAUGUAACUUAAGGUGUUCAUUACAAAUUUAUCUCAACAUUUUUUUUUUAAACAUUGCUCAAUUUUACAUGCCUCAAUGUGUUCCAUAUGGACAACGCAUUUAUAUCAUUAAUUUUUGUGUCAUUUUUGUCUUUUGUGGAUAGUUGUCUCAUUGACAAUCUGACCACAUUUUCUUUUUUAUAAAUUGAUCUCAGCAUGUUUUAUUUUUAAAACAUUGCUAAUUUUUACAUGCCUCAAUGUGUUCCAUAUCAUAUUGGUUGUCUGCUUUUUGGGUAUAUUGAUUUAAUGCAUAAAAGUUGACAACGCAUUUGUGCAGGAAACAUAUAUAUUAUAUAUAUUUAUCGUCUAUAUGACUAUUCCGUUAUCUAAAAUCGACUAUUUGACUAUUCCAGUAUCUGAAAAUCGACUAUUUGAUUAUUCCAGUAUCUAAAUAUCAACUAUUUGACUAUUCAAAUAUCUUAAUAUCGAUUAUUUGACUAUUCAAGUAUCUAAAUAUCGACUAUUUGACUAUUCCAUUAUCUAAAUAUCGACUAUUUGACUAUUCCAUUAUCUAAACAUCGAAGUUUUUACAAACAUAUCGCUAGUGAGUUAAAAUAAAUAGUGUGUGUUUGGAUCAGAGAAAACAGAAUGUCAAUAGUUCAAAGUGUUCAUAUUUGUCAGAUAUGUGAUUAGAUCGUAUAUCAGUUUAACUAAAUGUGUUCGUUCCAAGUUGAUCUUAGCAUGGGUUUUUUUCAAAACAUUGUUAAUUUUUACAUGCCUCAAUGUGUUCCAUGCCAAAUGCUUUUGGGUAUAUGGAUUUAAUGCAUAAUAUAUAUUUAUUUAUCGACUAUUUGACUAUUCGAUUAUCUAAAUAUCGACAUUUGACUAUUCCUUUAUCUAAACAUCGAAGUUUUGAAAAACAAAUCGCUAGUCAGUUGAAAUAAAUAUUGUGAGUUUGGAUCAGAGAAAAAUGAAUGUCAAUAGUUCAAAGCGUUCAUAUUUGUCAGAUAUUCGACUCGAUCGUAUAUCAAUCUAACUAAAUGUGUUCAUUCCAAAUUUAUCUUAACAUGUGGUUUUUUUUAAACAUUGCUGAUUUUUACAUGCCUCAAUGUGUUCCAUAUCAUAUUGGUUGUCUGCUUUCGGGUAUAUUGAUUUAAUGCAUAAAAGUGGACUACGCAUUUUUGCAGGGAAUAUAUA